AUGGUUCUGGCCCAGCAUCGACAACGUAAAGCGGAAUUUGUUCAUAUUCAGGAUGGUGGCACGGAACGACCAAUCGUAGGUGCUUGGGUCCAAACACUGGAUCAAAACGCCCACCGCAGCUUCCGCCGGCUUGUGGAUGUCAUGCAGCAUCACCAGCGCUACUUUUUGAUAUGGGAGCCGAUCGAAUUUACCGUCAGUGAGGUUCUGGCAUCAACGUGCGAGAUCUCGGAGAGUGAGAUAGUGCAGAUUAUCCGGCCCGUCCUGGAAGGUAUUGCGUUCCUUCACGAUCAGGGCAGGGUCCUGCAGAGCCUGGCACCUCGAGACAUACUCAUAACUGCAAGCGGCGAAUUCAAGAUCGCCGGCGUGGAGCACAGCCGCGAGUGCGACACUUCCCCAUCUGAUGCAGCAGCCUCGCAACUGGCUCCACUCGUGACGAUUGCCACGGAAUUGAUGAAGAAGAAUAGGGCCGCUUUCCCCUGGAGUUGGCAUGCACAGAAUUUCUCGACAAUGGCGAUUGACAACCCGUUCGUGAAUCCUGUGGACGCGCUGUUAAGUGUAGGUUGCCCCAUUCUUUUCUUCGGCCUUCAACGGGCGAAGAAGGGCUUCAGGCCCUCAUCAGUGUAG